AUGCCCCGGCUUGUACGCCGUCGACCGUUGGGGGAGCGCAUCAAAUCCUACUUGAAUCCGUUGGACUUUCUCCUUUGGCUGUCGGAAGAGAUUGAUACCAAUGAUUGGGAUCAGUUUGAGAAGGACUGGUCGUUUACUCUUGGUUUGGCUCUGAACGUCAUUUUCCUCAUCGCGAGGGCAAAUAGUCGGCCAAAUGGCAGCAAAGCUGUUGAUGACGUCUUCGGUGAUGAUGGAGGUGUACCUUGGCUAAGCUGGUUUGCCUCUUUCGUCGUUCAUCUUCUUGUCCUCUUCUCGGCAUCCAAUAGUUUUUACGCGUUCCAUCGCAAACGACAUUAUCGCAUGUUUGAGGCGUCUAUUAACCAGGCUCCUGCAACACCGUCUGCCCAGCGUGUACGAGUCGAUUCGACGCCUAUGGCGGGCUCACCAUUACGAUACUUUGCGAAUGCGAUUUCGAGAUCGACUGAGUCUAAAGUACACCCUGAUGCGCACCGAGAUGUUUGGGAGAUUGCAGUCUGGGAUCCUCUGCCCAUUUGUCUGCGGAUUUUCUGCAUGUUCAGCCCAGGGCAUGUUCUGGUUUACUGGCUCUUCCUUCCCACGCAACUGUCCGAUCCUAGACCUAGUGUUACGAUUGUGACGACCAUGUUCCUGACGGCUCUGCUAUCGAUCCAGAUGUCGUUCCUCUGUACAUCCUUUAAACAGCAGGCAAAGGAUUCUACACUCGUGCAUAAGGAAGUGCUCAAGGAAUAUGACACCAAAUACGUGCAUCCUCGGACUCAACCUUUGAUGAGAGAUGUUGGCACUCAGUUCUCUGAGACCAAUGCAUCUCAACCUGGCUCUGAUGCCAAGUACAAUAGAGUUGAUCCCGGUACUCCAACGCAUGUUAUUCGCCGGGGAUUUACCACAAGUCCCAACCCAAACUAUGUCGGCCAUGUUGAUCCCGAAGGCAUAUCGCCCCGCCGGCAACCAAUGACUACACCAAGUGCUCCAGGCUACCAGCAAGCUUCCAUGCACACACCGAGUCAUUUGCGCGAUGCUUCUCCAGUUGUCCGUGCCCCUACUUCCAUGCGCCAGCCGCAAUUCCGACCUACACCAAGCGCUCCAGGCGAUGGGGGCAGUCUUGGGGUUUUCUCCCACGCUAAUUCUCCAUUGAGGAAAUCUGUUUCGACAAAUAUUGAUCGUCGCGUUCAGAAUAACGGCUUGAGCCCGAUGAAGCGACAGUCAAGUCCCUUAAAACGAAGUAGUGUGCCCGGAGGCUCAAGUCUUACGAGUUCUUCUUCAACACCGAGACUAAGUCAGUAUAGCUCUCGUCGUGACACCGGCCGAUUCUAG